AUGGGAUGCACUAAGGAACAGGCGGCGGCUGAUUUCUUAGAUUUCCGACACACCAUUCCUGGCUCCGAUAUCACAGUCUUCUCAGGCGGACCCAAGCUCGAAAACGGACAUGCGGGUGAAGUUUUUGAUACGGAAGAAGAAGCCGCUCUAGCCGGUGCUCAGGCAGCUCUCUCAACAGCCCGAUUUGCCACUAAUAUGUGGAUCUGCCUUGGCAACCUGGAAGCUGCCACGCGCCUUUUAACUCCCUCCACAGGAUCUUCUCAAGAAGCCUUUGAAUCCUUCUGCGCACUUGCGGCCACCUGGCCACUUCGUGAAAGGCUUCCUCAUACCAAAAGCGGCUCUAUCCAAGUUCGAUGGGUCCCCGGACACGCGAAAAUCCCUGAAAACGAGACGGCUGACCUCGCUGCCAAAGAGGGCGUUGCCUCUACCUCUCCUCCUCCACACACAAUUUCAUAUGCCUCACUAGAGAGAAAUGCUAAGGCUCAAUCCUUUGCUGCUGCUCAAACUCUAUGGCAGAACGUGUUACUACAGACAUACCAAGACCUUGGAAUCACUACAUCUCCUAAUCUCCUAAGCGCCCAGCUGAGCUUCAACUCACCCGACUUGACCUCGGCCAUAUCACCGCGGCCCGUACUGGACGUGGAGACUUCGCGGACUACCAUGAAGGAUUCAACCAUGAAAAUUGUCAGAUAA